AUGGAGGUCGGAACGCGUGCUCUGGACGUGUUGCCCCUCCUUCAGGAGCGGGUGGCCUCGCUCACUGGCGGCCGGGACCGGCGCGGUGGACCCAUUAUAUGGUUCCCCGCCAACUCAAGGCGCGACCGAGUCGCGCCAGAUGAUUAUCGGCGUUUGCUGCACUAUCUUUUUAGCAUACCUAGUGAUUCUGUUAGAUCCCAUGGCUUUACAAUCCUUAUCGAUAUGAGGGGUUCAGCAUGGGCAGCUAUCAAACCAAUAUUAAAAAUACUUCAAGAGCAUUUUCCUACAUCCGUCCACCAGGCACUCGUAGUAAAGCCUGAUAACUUUUGGCAAAAGCAACGCACAACUAUAGGAGCACAUAAGUACAAGUUUGAGACGACGAUGAUUAGCUUAGAAGCACUACCCAAAGUUAUAGAUAGUUCACAACUGACACCAGAUUUAGAUGGCACUCUCCAAUAUGACCAUGCACAGUGGAUAGAUCUGAGACUGGCGCUAGAAGAGUUAAUGUGGCAAGCUGGUGAACUGUUAGAUAGAUUAGAUGAUCUGCAAGAAGAUGUAGCUCGUGCAGAUUUUGCGGACGACGUGACUGGCGCUAGGCGAGCCAUAGAUGCACAUUCAGACAUAAAUAAGAGACUGGCCAAGAUACCCGUGGAUGAACUAGAAGCUCAGGGCGAGCGCGUCGUGCAACGGCUGGAGACGGCGGCGGCGGCGUGCGCGGAGGCGAGCGGCGCGGCGGAGGCGGCCUUCCACUGCGGCUCGCCGGCCGCCCUCCGCGCGCAGCUGUCCGCUGUGCGCUCGGCGCACGCGCACGCGCACAAGCUCUGGCAACACAAGAAGAUGCAGCUCGACCAGUGCUUCCAGUUGAGGUUGUUUGAACAGGACUGCGAGAAGAUGCUAGAAUGGAUUGUUAAUCAUCGUACAGCGUUCUUGGCGACAUAUGUCGAGAUCGGACGGUCAUGUGCCGCCGCUAAACGACUCCAGGAAGAGCAUGCAAGGUUUGCUGCAGCUUGCACGGGUGGAGGACGGCCGAGCGUAGCUCGUGUGACAGCGGCGGCGCGUCGCCUCGCCGACAAGCGUCACUACGCCGAGCCACAGAUUACUGCCCUUGCUCAUCGACUCGAGCGAGCUUAUAAACAGCUCUCUGCUGGUCUAGAGGAGCGUUCGGCAGUACUGUCCCUGUCGGUGGUGUUCCACCACAAGGCAGAGGCGUACGCGGGCGCGGUGGGCGGAUGGGGCGCGCAGUGCGCGGUGGCGCUGCAGCUGGCGGCGGGUGGGCCCUCCGCGCCGCCCUGCCCCGACCCGCGCGCGCUCGAGCAGCACGCGCAGCGGCACCGGCAGCUCUACGAACACAUGUGCCAGGCGUACACUGAGGUUCAUUCUACAAGUAAAAAAUUGCUGUACCAACUUGACCAUUUAGUGCAAGUUUGUCAUCAGACCGAUCCAGCAGAUAUGAGUGAAGGCUCUGUGAGCUCAGCGGGAGGUAGCAGUGGCGACCCAGCGGCGGACUACAGCUCGGGCGCGAACCACGUCCUGGCUGUCAUACACCAGAUAUUGGGCCAUCACCGCGCGUUGGAGUCCCGCUACCACCAGGCCCGCCUCAAACUGCAUCAACGGCUUGCUUUGCUGCUUUACAAAGAGGAUUGUAGACAGGUACUCGACUGGUUAGGGAAUCAUGGUGAAAAGUUUUUAAUGAAAAACACAGGUAUAGGAAGGAAUCUCCAUAAAGCUCGAAUGUAUCAGAAAUCUCAUGAACAUUUUGAAAACGUAGCUCAGAAUACUUAUACAAAUGCGGAAAAGCUCUUAUCGGCUGCUGAAGAGUUAGCUCGGUCUGGGGAAUGUGAAGCGGAAGAAGUGUUGGGGGUGGCGCGGGAAUUGGAAGCGCACGUUGCAGCCUUCGCGGCGCGCGUCGACCGACGGAGACGUCGCCUCGACCUGGCUGUGCUGCUGUAUACACAUGAGAAAGAGCUUCUUCAAUGGCUGGAGACGCUCCGGGGCGGGGGCGCGGGCGCGGCGGCCGCAGACGAGAGCCCCGAGGCGGCGCGGCGCGCGCUCGAGCAGUGCGCACAGCAUCGCGCCGCCUCGCUCGACGCAUGCGUUGCCACCAUCGCGCACGGGGAGGCCUUGCUGCAGGACCUUAGGUCAUCUGGAGAGACAGAAGCAGCAAGCACUGCGGCAGUAGAGUCUACUUUAGAACGAUUGCGUGGCACCCGAAGUGCUCUCGAAGAACUUUGGUCAGAUCGUGAACGUCGUCUUGAACUCACCCUACAGCUGCGUCACUUUGAAAGAGAUGCUCUUGAGGUGUCAUCGCGACUUGAGCUGUGGGGUGACGAGUUGCAGCGCACCGAGCCUCCGCGCGACCCGCAGCAAGCUGAACAGGCGCUCGCUGGGCACAACGAAAGUGUCGCCAGGAUGCAACAUGCAACGUUCCAAGUGGUGCAGCAAGGGCAAGAAUUGGCUGCGGCUAUUGCCGAGGCCUCAGACGUGAUGGCGUCCAGCUCCGAUAGUUCAGAGGGAGCUCCAAUGGACGCGCAGGCCCGUGUUCAACUUCUACUUGAGUUCCUACACGAUAGACAGUUAGAUUUAGAGGAACUAGCCGAAGAAAGACGAGCCCGAUUCGAACAAUGUGUUCAAUUAGGGCAGUUCCAAAAAGAUGCGGCGCAAGUAGUUAGCUGGAUUAGGAAUGGCGAGGCGAUGCUAUCGGCGUCAUUCUCUAUACCGGGCACUCUCUCGGAGGCGGAGCAAUUAAAACGAGAACACGAUCAAUUCCAAGUAGCGGUAGAGAAGACGCAUGCUAGUGCCGUGCAAGUUAAAUAUAGGGCAGAUGCCUUACGUGCAGCUAAUCAUUAUGACCCUCAUACUAUAAGAGAAAUAUCAGAAGAAGUGACAGAAAGAUGGCAACGACUAGUCACGUGCGCCGAAGAGCGCCAUAAGUUAGUAACAGCAUCCCUCAACUUCUACAAGACGGCGGAACAAGUGUGCUCGGUGCUCGACUCACUGGAGCGCGAGUACCGGCGGGACGAGGACUGGUGCGGGUCUACAGUAGCCCUCUCAGUGCCGCCCUCUGCCUCCAGCACCGGCAUACUUAUCGCGGCUACAGCGGCUAUCUCUAUCACCAAUGAAGGAGAAGAAACAACGCAUACGCAGAACUUGGAUAAAGCGUCUCAGGUCGCAGCGUUAAUUGUGAAACAUGGUGAGCAAAAGGAAGCUUUCCUCAAAGCGUGUACGCUAGCGCGGCGUACCGCGGAGACGUUCCUCAAGUACGCGGCGCGCUCUGCGCAAGUGCACGGACAGACCGUCGCGGCGAGCAAGGCCCACCACGAACAGACCCGCGCGAUACUAGACACACUGCUCGCGCAAGAGAACAAGGUUUUAGAGCAUUGGACGGUUCGUAAGAAACGUCUAGAACAAUGUCAACAAUUCGCUUUAUUUGAGCGUUCUGCCCGCGCGGCCGUCGAGUGGAUCCGCGAGACGCAGGAGCGGUGCGGCGCGGCGGCGGCGGCGGCGGCCGGCGGUGUGGCGCGCGAGUCCCGCGAGCGCGUGCGCCUGCUGGCCCAGCUCGCGGACGGGCUCGUCGAAAAGGGGCACCCACACGCUGUACAAAUUAAGGAAUGGGUGGCAGCUGUUGAUGCUAGAUAUGCAGAAUUUAGCGGUUCUAUGGAAGGUGGUGAAAGUGAGGCGGAGAGUGACUCGGGCGUGGCGGCUUCGCUCAGCUCUGUGCAGACGAGCGAAGCUGAGGCGCGUGCAGAGGCACCACCAGCGGCCUCCGCCGACGACAAACGUAGAAGUGCUAGGCGUAAAGAGUUCAUAAUGGCAGAACUACUUCAAACCGAACGUGCGUAUGUUAAAGAUCUAGAGACCUGUAUAACUUGUUAUUUGCGCGAAAUGCGUACGGAUCCUGCUUCAGUUCCUGCCGCGUUGCAAGGGAAGGAAGAAUUAAUUUUCGGCAACAUCGAGGAGAUCCACCGCUUCCACGAGCGUGUGUUUCUGCGCGAGCUGGACAAGUACGAGACGAUGCCGGAGGACGUCGGCCAUUGCUUCGUGACGUGGGCGCGAGAGUUCGACAUGUACGUGUCGUAUUGCCGCAACAAACCCGACAGCAACGCCGCCGUCGUGCAACACGCUGGGGAUUACUUCGAUAGAGUUCAGCGUAAGAAGAAACUUGAGCAUCCAUUAGCGGCGUACCUUAUAAAACCAGUACAGCGGAUCACAAAAUACCAACUGUUAUUGAAAGACCUACAAGCUUGUUGUGCCGAAGGACAAGGAGAAAUAAAGGACGGCCUUGAAGUUAUGCUUUCUGUGCCAAAGAAGGCUAAUGAUGCUAUGCAUUUGUCGAAUUUAGAGGGAUGCGAUGUGCCUUUAGACAGUUUAGGGGAAGUUGUACUACAAGAUUCCUUCCAAGUAUGGGAUCUUCGACAGAUAAUUAAAAAAUGUAGAGAGAGAAGAGUUUUCCUUUUCGAUCUGCAUCUGCUUCUGGCUAAGGAGGUCAAGGACACUCAUGGCAAAGCAAAGUACAUAUACAAGACAAAAUUUAUGACUUCCGAACUUGGCGUAACGGAGCACAUCGAAGGCGAUGAGUGUAAAUUCUCGGUAUGGACGGGACGUGAGCCGAUGGCUAGUGAUUGUCGCAUAGUACUCAAAGCGCCAUCGCUCGACAUUAAACAGACGUGGGUGCGACGACUUCGAGAAGUUAUACAAGAAACGUACUUCAGCGGAGCACUACAACAGCCGCCCCGCAGCCCGGCGCGCGCGCGCCCUGCCAGCUCACAGCGCUCUAGCCGAGAUUUUGAAGAUACCGACACAGAGAAUCUCGAUCGCAACUCAUUAGCAUCGUUUGGUAGCGGCAACACUACGGAUUCAGACAAGGCAGGAGUUGAAAUGACGUGGGUGGUCGCAGAACACACAGCCGGGGGCGCCGGCGAAGUGUCUGUAGCGAAGGGGCAGCAGGUGGAGGUGCUGGAGGCGUGGGCCGUGCGCGCCGACUGGUGGCUGGUGCGCGUGCCGGGCGAACCCCCGCAAGAGGGCGCCGUACCCGCCGCUGUUCUCAAACCGCAGCCACAUCAGAAGACUUCACCUUCCCGACGCCCACUUAGUCAACCAUCUGAAGAAGCUAUAGAAGCGGCAUCAUCGGAGCCCGGCGUAAGUGCAAGUGCAGCUAGCCCCGGCAAACACAGGAAGGGGAUUAUUCCGCGGUGGAUACCGCGUCCGAGCAAGUCGCAAGGUAAGGGAGAGAAAACGCCAGGUGGCGCAAAGUCUCCAGCCUCUGCUGACAAACCGUCUCUCAAAAAGGUGCCGUCCGAAAAGAAGCUCAAGUUGCCGUAUGUGGAGAGCGUCCGUAUAGAAGACGGCGAAACCAGCGUAACCGCAAUAGACGACGCGGAGGACGACGCGCCAGACGUCGAGUUGCCACCUCCCAUGAAACCGAUACAGGACCCACAGGCAGUGUUGCAGCAGGCGCCUAUACCGGCAACCACCGCCGCCGCGCCUGCAGCUCGGAAUUCGUUGGCAAUGGACGCGCUGGAUUCUAACGGUGGUCCCGCAGAUAUCGCCGAAAUAGAACAAAUUGUGAAGGAAAAAAUGGAACAACAUGGCGGUGGUAGUGUGGGUUCGACUCGCGCCGACGAGGAAGAGGAGACAACGAGUGCAGACUGCAUCGAGGCCACGCUCAAGAAACGCGAGUACGUGCUGCGUGAGCUCUACGAUACCGAAGAGAUAUAUGUGGCCGACCUGCGUCUCGUUUGCGAAGGAUACAUGAAGCAUAUGAUGGAGCCCAAUUCCGACCCGCCGAUACCGGACGGUCUUCGAGACCGCCGGCUGAGAAUGAUCUUCGGUAACAUCCAGGCGAUAUACGAGUGGCAUCGAGAUAAAUUCGUCCGCGAGUUGGAGAGCUGCAUCGAGUCACCCGAGUUGCUGGGACCACUGUUCCGCCGCUUUCUGGAGAAAAAGAUGUUUCUAUACGAGGUUUAUUGCCGCAACAAGCCAGUAUCUGAAUAUAUUGUAUCGGAACAUGAGCACUAUUUCCAAGAGCUACGCCAUAAACUUGGACAAAAGUUGCAGCUGGGAGACCUGCUAAUCAAGCCGAUCCAACGCAUACAAAAGUACCAUUUACUGGUGAAGAAAGUGUUGACGUACUCGGAAGCAGCGAAUGCGCCACCCGACGUGAUCGCAGCCCUCCGCGACGCUGUGCAAUGCACCUCCAUCAUACCGAAGAACGCCAACGACAUGAUGGACGUCGGUCGCCUUCAGGGCUUCAUGGGCAAUAUAGCUGCGCAAGGCAAGUUGCUAUUCCAAGAGCCCCUCGUGGUGUCCGAUGCCAGCUGCAGCAGUGACAAGGGCAAGGAACUGCACGUGUUCCUAUUCCAACAGUGCGUCAUCUUCACCGAAGCGGUCGGCAAGAAGUCACAGUUUACUAGUCCCACAUAUAACUAUAAGCAUCAUGUUCAGGUGAACAAAAUGAGCCUUGAAGAAAUUGAGGGGAGUAGCAACUCGUUCAUAAUCCACGCACUGGGGUCCAAUAAGCCGAAGCAGUCGUUCCUGUGCCGCGCGCCGGAGCCGCGUUGCCAGCACUGGAUCACGACUCUAUCCACCAUACUGCAGUCACAACUCAUCUUCGGCGAGCGCCUUGAGAACCCCAGCGCUUUCCUCAACCGAGACGCGGCCGCCGUGAGUGAGGGGUGGUGCGGGCUCCGCAAGACUGAGAGUGUGCCGCCAAUGGCGGGCGCGAGGCUGGCGCCCGAGCUGCGCGGCCGCACGCAGCGCGCGCACUGCAAGGCCAACACCAUCAACCUGCCCUCCAGCGCGCGCGACGACCACAAGAAAGCCCCCGCACCCCCCGCACCCACCACACCCCGCACACCCACGUCGCCGCAACACCAUAACGUA